AAGGAAACAUGAACGCUACGGCGAAUCUUCAGGGAGACGAGGAGACCGAGCUGGGCUUGGUGGGGGCCUGUGUGAUCCUGGCCGUGUGUUUUAUGGUGGGCACACCAGGAAACCUGCUAGUGGUCUGGACCAUCCUGAAGCAUGUAAAACAGCGUUCACACACGGUGCUGCUCAUCCUCCAUCUGGCCGCCGCUGACCUUAUGGUGCUGAUCACCCUGCCGCUGUGGAUCUACUCGCUGGCCCGGUCCUGGGUGUUCGGAAAGGCUGCCUGUAAAGCUAUGGUCUACAUCAUCUAUUCCUGCAUGUACAGCAGCGUCUUCAUCAUUACCGUCAUGAGUGUGGAGCGAUUCCUGGCCGUCAGGUACCCAUUCAUCUCCAUCACCUGGAGAAGAAAACAAGUGCUAAACAAGGUGCUUCUGAUAAUAUGGAUUGUUUCAUUUCUGCUGAGCAUUCCCAUCAUUUUAACUCACAAUCUGGGGGAUGUUAAUGGACACGAUCAAUGCAUUUUCAGGGAAUACGAGUCUGACACCCAGGAGGCUGUUUUGCUUAUUUUAGAAACUCUUAUAGGUUUCAUCGUCCCCUUUUUAACUUUGCUGGUCUGUUAUGGCUGCCUCUUCAGUCGCAUAGUGCAGAUGAACUUCAAGUCCAAGCGUAAAUCCACAGUUUUGAUCUGCAGCGUGGUGGUGAUGUUUGCUCUGUGCUGGAUCCCUCAUCACAUAGGCAACAUUCUUUCUCUCAUUUCACUGGCAAUCAAGCAAUCAAACCCAGACCUGGCGCAAAGUUUGGAAGACAUUUGUGCCACAAUGGGCAUUAUAGCAGGAGCCCUGGUAUUUGUUAGCAGCUCUGUCAAUCCAGUGCUCUAUGUGCUCGCUGCACGAACCUUCCGCAGCUCACUUCGAGAAACGGGGAUACAGAAGCUGUUCCAGCAUCUGUCCAGUGCUGUGUCAGGAGAAGGGAAUAAGGAGUUAUCAUUUGUGUCCAAAAGACAAAGUUCACACACCACCACCAACUCACAGUGUCUCACAGACUCAAAAAGUCAAGACGUGGCAGUGGAAUCAUGCGUCAGUACUGCAGACUGACCCUAUCAGGUGUUUCACACCCAGGACUGAACAAUAUUAGGCAUUUAACUAUUGUUUCUCAAGCAGGAGUGCAUGAAGCUUUUAAAUGUAGGAGUUGUAUUCAAAUGCACACGUUUAAAUCAAGUAAAACAUUUGCUUGUGUCU